AUGAAUGGCACGGCUGGAUUCGGCUACCGCGGCCCGAAGGGGGAGAAAGGAUCCCCGGGGAGCCAGGGUCCCCCGGGCGCCCCCGGCCUCGCUGGCGCCACGGUCCAGGAACGCGGUGACGGCGUCGUUGUGGGGCAGGGCGUCGGCGGGCAAGGGCCACCCGGACCGCAGGGACCACCGGGUCCUCCUGGGAGAGACGGGGAGCCGGGGGAUCCUGGUGAAGAUGGCAAGCGGGGUGAGAUUGGUCCUCAAGGCUUCCCAGGAACUCCCGGCGAUCAUGGGUCCAAAGGAGAUAAGGGUGACCUGGGGGUCGGAGCCCCAGGACCAAGAGGACCCCCUGGACCACCCGGACCACCUUGCCUACCAGGUCCACCAGCUGAGGUCGCCAAGACGGACAAACUGACCUUUCUCGAUAUGGAAGGUUCCGGAUAUGACGGAAACCUCGAAAACUUUCGGGGAUUGCCUGGGCCCCCUGGACCACCCGGGGUCCCUGGUCUUCCUGGUCUCCCUGGAGUGUUUGGUAUGAACAGUACUGUCGUACCCGGACCCCCAGGAGCAGAUGGAAGGCCUGGUAUCCCCGGACCAAUGGGACCUCCGGGGCCUAGCGGCCCACCAGGACAAGAUGGCCGACCGGGAGUGUCGGGGGAGAAGGGAAUGCAGGGCGAGCCUGGUGACUUGGGUCUCCCAGGAGCUCAGGGACCAAAGGGUUCCCCAGGACAGACUGGGCCUCCAGGUCAGCCUGGUUUAGCUGGCUUACCAGGGCCAAUAGGACCCCGUGGACCCCCUGGACCACCGUCAACGAGUCUCCGGGCUGGCUUUGAGGACACGGAAGGAUCUGCCUACCCAGUAAUCACGGGACUGCCAGGGGAACGAGGGCUGGAAGGUGUUCAGGGGAUCCCAGGAGUACCCGGUCUACCUGGAGUUCCUGGGCUGAAGGUAAGGAGAUCGCCCGUCCAGUCACAGGGCUGUGUGGCGCGGCUUCCUGAUCGAGGCUUUGGUUAA